AUGGCUUCGGGUAGCGGACCAGGAGGUUUUGGGCGAGGUGGUAGGGGUGCAGCCUUAUUGCAGGCGUUGGCCGAAAGUGCCCGUAAACCAGGCCAAACAGAGAAAGAAUUGAGCCAAAACACAACCCCCCAGACAGAACCUCUGCUGGGCAGUAGAGUUAUGAGGUCUGCUGUAGCAUCAUCAGAACCACUGCUUCCAAUGGGGCGAGGUGCACUUUUAGCAAAUCUCAGGGAGUCCAUGUUGCAAGCCAAAAAGCCAGAGGAAUACUCCACAGAACAACAGCAGGAAGCUCCGGUAAAGCUGGAGUCAUCCCCACAGACAACUCCUGGGCUGUUCAGUAGUUCGGGUGCAGGAGUUUCAGAGCUUGUGCCUAAACCACUUGGUCGUGGUUCAGCAGCAAUGAAGGCGCUCUUAGCUCAAGAACAGCAGCAGCGUCAUUUGCCUCCCUCUUUGGGUAGAAGAUUUGACAUGCCAAUUCAGCAGCACAAAGAGAGGCCUCAGACAGAUGAAGCAGAUCUCCCAGCUCAAGAAAUGGCUCAACUCAGACUGGAGGACCAGCCUGUGAUACGAGAAAGAGUUCGUUUUCCAACCGUGACAAAGAUUGGCACAGAAGGAACACCAGUUGACCUCUCGGCGAACUAUGUCAAGGUUUUAUGCAAGCAUAAGGGUGUCUACCAGUAUUGUGUUGCCUUCUCGCCAGCCAUCGAUAACAGGAAACUGAAAAUGAAACUGCUUGCCGAGCACAAAGAGAGAUUCAAAACGGUGAACAGUUUUGAUGGCAAUAUCUUGUACUUACCAUUUGAACUUCCAGACAAAGAAACUGUUGUUACAUCAAAACGGAUAACAGACGGGGCUACAAUAACCAUCACUGUGACGUUCAUCAAAGUUGUCCCACCUGAGCAGUGUUGCCAUCUUUACAAUGUUGUCCUCAGGAGAAUCAUGUACAUCCUAGAGAUGUGCCAGGUAGGCCGCUACUACUACAACGGCCACACAGCAGCUACAGUCCCACAGCAUAAGUUGGAGGUUUGGCCAGGUUAUGUGACAGCAAUCAAGGAACAUGAAGGAGGUCUCUUGUUGCUCUUGGAUGCUUCCCAUAAAGUGCUUAGGACAGAAACUGUUCAUGACAUUAUGGAGAAGACUGCCAUCACAAAUACACAAGGGUUUCAGGAUGAGAUCAUCCGCAGAGUUGUUGGCUGUACAGUGCUGACACGUUACAACAACAAAACAUACAGAGUGGAUGACAUUGUGUGGAGCAAAUCACCCAUGGAUCGUUUUGAAUGCAAAGCAACAGGAGAAAGUAUGUCCUUUGAAGAAUAUUACAGGAAGCAGUACAAUAUUAUAAUACAUAACAAGACCCAGCCUCUACUGCUUAACAAACGGAAACCUCCCAAAGGAGCACCACCGGGAACAAAGCCAGACCCAGAGUUUUUGUGUCUGAUCCCAGAGUUGUGCUACAUGACCGGUUUGACUGAAGACAUCCGCAAGCAGUUUACAGUGAUGAAGGAUUUAGCAAUUCACACACGUGUGACCCCGGCUCAGAGGAAGCUUGCCAUGAAGAAGUUCAUCAGCAGUGUCAACAGUAGCCCUGAGGCCCAAGCAGAACUGGCCAUAUGGGGCCUGCAACUGGACGGGUCAACUAUCUCAAUUGCAGGUCGGCAGUUACCCCAGGAGAAGAUCAUAAUGGGGAGGAAGGGGUUUCCUGCAGGACCUCAGGCAGACUGGUCUCGGGAAAUUGGACGCAACGAAUUGAUUUGUCCUGUCAAUCUGGUGAACUGGGGGUUGUUCUACACCCGCAAGGAUUCUGGGCGAGCAAAUGACUUUGCCAGGCUCAUGCUAUCAGAAACUCGAAACUUGGGCAUUAGCUGUCAGGCACCUUUCAGACGUGAGUUGGUCAAUGAGAAGAUAGACACUCUCGUGCAGGAGCUGAGGCAUUCAAUAAAUGAUCGGGUCCAGCUUGUUGUGGUCAUUAACCCCACUAACAGGGAUGACCGCUACUCUGCUAUCAAGAAAGUUUGUUGUGUGGAGUCACCUGUCCCAUCUCAGGUAAUCAUUUCUAAGACCAUAUCAAAACCAGACAAAAUGAGAAGUAUUGUUCAGAAGAUUGCUCUUCAGAUUAACUGCAAGCUUGGAGGUGAAUUAUGGUCUGUCAAGAUUCCAUUGCAAAAACUGAUGGUGGUUGGCAUUGACACUUACCAUGACAACGCCAGGAGCAAACAAUCCAUCGGAGGCUUCGUGGCUAGCAUGAACCAAGAUUGCACCCGGUGGUACUCUAAUGUGUGCUUCCAGCGACCAGGCCAAGAACUAGCACAUGGCCUGCAUAUAUGCCUGACUAAUGCUCUCAGGAAAUACCAUUCCGUAAAUCAUUUUCUUCCAGAGAAGAUUGUCAUCUACCGUGAUGGUGUUGGAGACGGCCAGCUGAAUGUCCUGGCAGACCAUGAAGUCAAACAGCUACACAGAAGCUUUUCCAGUUUUGGCGACUAUUCACCACAGUGCACCACUGUGUGUGUGCAGAAGAGAAUAAACACAAGAAUAUUUAAAAAGGAAAGAGAUGGAGAAGUGGGGAAUCCAUUGCCAGGUACUGUUGUGGAUCACACGGUGACAAGAAGAGACAGGUAUGACUUCUUCAUUGUCUCACAGCAUGUCCGCCAGGGCACAGUCAGCCCAACUCACUAUAUCGUGGUGGACGAUGGUGUGGGUUUGCAGCCAGGCUUGAUGCAGAGGCUGACAUAUAAGAUGACACACUUGUACUACAACUGGCCAGGCACAGUUAGGGUGCCAGCUCCUUGUCAGUAUGCUCACAAGCUGGCUUACUUGGUGGGAGAGAGUAUUCACAAAGAACCAGCAGAGUGUCUAUCAGACCGCCUUUUCUUCUUGUGA